UUGGAAUUUACAAAGAGAAAGAUGUUAUUAACUGGUUUUGUUUUACCUUCUUCGAAGUCAGACUUCUUGGGGACCAAAAGUAAAUACAUGGGAAACCAUCAACUUGGAGAUCUACAAAAGGCAGGUCUGUCUUAUUCAUGUCAUUUUUCACUGCCCUUUUGUACCUGUGGCAGCUUGGGUUCUCCAUAAAAUCUACCCCUAGUCGAAUUCUUCCAAUCAUCCUCAGGUAAGACCUUGUAUAGAAGAAAUAAGAUGUCUUCCCUCUGCUUUUAAGUUCUGGUAAUAGAAAAGAAAACCAUCUACUCAAAAUUUUCUCUUUAACAUAAUCUUGCUUUCCCAUGUUACAGAUACCCCUUUGGAAUCUUGGGAAAGUUGUGGUGCCUGGCAGUUCUCAAUCAGAGAAAGGUAGGCAAUCACCAAUGGAGAAUAGGUAUGGUCUAACAAGGCAGUGCAGUGGAGUUUGGAGGGCCUUGAGAGAUGGAGACUUUGAGGAAGAGGAUGUUUGGGAGGUUCUAAAAGAUAGGAACAUUUCUAGUAACAAAAUGGUUGGUAGAUCCAAGGAAUCCUCUGUUUCUGUUCCAAGACACCUCCCAACUGCUUCAAGAAUGAUCCCAAAAGCUAGCAGUCACAAGUAUGGAAGUGGCAGUAGCUGUAGUAGCAGCAACACCAUCACUCAUGAAGCCAAAAUUGUGCAACAAUCAGCACCUGUCAACAUUCCUGAUUGGUCAGAAGUAUAUGGACAGAAAUCAAAGAAGGCCCCCAAGAAUGUUUCAUGGCAGAAUGAUGAUGCUGAUGAUGAAGAAGAAGUUGGGGAUGAUGAUGGGGACAGUGAUGAUGAUGAUGAGGAGGAAGACUAUGACUCAAAGGUACCCCCUCAUGAAUUUAUUGCUAGGAGGCUUGCAAGGAGCCAGAUUUCUUCUUUUUCUGUUGUUGAAGGUGCUGGAAGGACCCUCAAAGGGAGGGACCUCAGCAAAGUGAGAAACGCUGUUUUAACAAAAACUGGUUUCCUUGAAUCAUUGUGAUCAGGUCUCAUCCAAUGCAAUCAAUCAUGAAGGUCUUGCUAUAAUUGUCAUGUCAUGUAUAGGGGUUUCUGUGAUGGUUUUUUUUUUUUUUUUUGGUCAGAGAAUGUCUUGUGCAGUUAAUGUUUUAGGGUGUAAGAAAUCCAAUUUUAGUUUGUAGAAUUGCCAUGAAAUUCAUCUCCCCUUUCCUCAUGGGUUUUUAA